AUGGCCUCAGUUGAUUUCGAGACCGAGGACAUCCUUAGUGAAGCGCUCGAGUUUCUCGGAGGCAAACCCAUAAUCGACGAUACCAUCAUUCGUUACGGUCCUUUGGUUCUGACCCUCGCACCGAAAGAAGGCAAAGCCAAUACCCUCCUUGCAGAUCAUCUAUUCUCCCCCGCACUGUUCCUGGCUGAGCGGAUCGAGAGGGGGCUUCUGGAUCUCGGUGGGGCGACAGUUAUUGAGCUUGGUGCUGGAAGCGCUUUACCAUCUUUGUUGCUGAGCACACAACCCAACCCUCCAACUCUUAUCGUUGUGACCGACUAUCCAGAUGAAGGGAUUCUAGGAAACCUGAAGCAAAACGUGGAGAGAAAUCGUAGUUCGGUCGCCGACGGAUGUAGGGUUGAAUGUCGAGGCUAUGAAUGGGGAACUGACCACUCUGGUCUUCUGCAACUAUCGAAGACGUAUGACGUUGUUAUCUUGUCUGACCUAUUGCAUUUCCUCACCUCACAUGACGUGUUGGUCUCAUCGAUUGAGGCUCUGCUGGCUAUGAAACGUGGCGCAAAGGUCUAUGUUGGGGCCGGCAAGUACACUCACACAGACGUAUGCGACAAUUUCUUGGAGAAAGGGCGGAUGGCGGGCUUGGUCUUUGAAGAGAUUACCGUCCCCAGCGAAGAAAUGAAAUGGAUGGGUCAGCUUGAAGUACCCAGUCUGGACGCAGAGGCUUUGGCACUGCGUAAGGCCAAUUCUCUCAAGUCGAUACAGGUCACCAGACAUCUCUCAGAAUUCAAGGGCAAGACGAUUGCUGUCGACGCGUAUGUUUGGCUGCACAAGGGGCUGUAUUCAUGUGCCACCGAGCUGGCGACGGGGAAGAAGACACAUAAAUAUGUGAACUAUGCGAUGCACCGUGUGCGGCUCUUAAAACACCAUGGGAUAGAGCCCUACAUUGUCUUCGACGGUGGCCCUCUGCCAGCGAAGAAAGGUACAGAGAAAGAACGGAAGCAGAAACGCGAUGAGAACCUUGCUCGGGGGAACGCGCUGGCCGCCCAAGGGAAGCACUCGCAGGCUAGAGAAUACUACACCAAAUGCGUAGACAUUACCCCGCAGAUGGCGUUUCAGUUCAUCAAAGCCCUCCGCGCCGAGUCCGUCCAAUACGUCGUAGCGCCGUACGAAGCAGACGCCCAACUCGCAUACCUCGAGCGCGUCGGCCUCGCUGAUGCCAUUCUCACCGAAGACUCCGACCUCCUCGUCUUCGGCUGCAAGAACGUCCUCUAUAAGCUCGACGUCGUCGCCAGCACUGUCGUCUCCAUCUCGCGCGCCGACUUUGGCUCCGUGUCCGCCUCGUCCGCCGACCCCACCAGCAUCUCCCUCAUCGGCUGGUCCGACGUCCAGUUUCGGGCGAUGGCGAUUCUGAGCGGGUGUGAUUAUCUCCCGAGUAUACCUGGCGUUGGGUUGAAGACCGCGAAUUCGCUUCUGCGGAAAUGGAAGACCCCAGAGCAGGUCGUGAGGGCGCUGAGUCUAGAGGGGAAGAAGGCGGUGCCGAUUGGGUAUUGGAAGCAGUACCAGCUUGCGGAGAAGUGUUUCUUGCACCAGAGGGUCUACUGUCCUCUCGCUGAGAGGCUUGUACAUUGGACCGAUGUUGCUGGAGACUGGAGCGACGAAUUCGACGCAUAUGUUGGCGGCGAUAUGGAACCUACGUUGGCGAAGCAAAUAGCUUUGGGGGACGCAGAUCCUGAAACCCGCCUACCGAUGGACGAUAUCAACCCUAGCUUCCUUCCUCGUACCGUCAAACCUCUAGGAAUGGCACCUGUCAGCCCAGCCAAGUCUAACAAAGGCAAGGGCAAGAUGCGAGCAAGCCUUCCUGCGCCUGGGGGCAUCAUGAGCUUUUUCGGACCUAACCCAAUUAUUCCACCUCGUACUAAACAUCCUCAAGCUUCACCUGUGCAUACUCGUGCACCCAAGCUCGGAAUGACAGGAAAGGCCAGCGGGAAACGAACACUAGCUGAGGUCAUGGAUCAAGACAUCGAACGCAAGAAAAAGCGCAAAAGUGCCUCGCCUCUACGUUCUACCCAAUCCAAAUUCUUCUCUCCAAGACACUCUCCCCGUGAAGCCAGCAUACAGCGCAGACACAGCGAGGGUGUCGUAUUUCUCGCCGGUCCAUCACGAAUCCAGGACGACGACAAGGAGAACGCGAACAGAUACAUCGUGGUGGACGACGACGAUACUUCAGAAGCGGAGACGUCCGAACCGGAGCUGGAUGGAACGGAGCUUUUGAUUCAGGCUAACUUCAAUGCGGAUGCUGUUAUGGAGCUUAGUGUGGAGGACUUUCCUGAUGUCGUCGAGCAGGAGGAUGGGUACAUCUCGCCAAUGCGGUCGUCUUCGAGGGAUGCAGCGGACUUGUCGUCACCUCCUCGACCGGGAGGGCGACUAGAGCGAGGCGAGGAUGAGGAAAUGGAGCCCACGGGUAUGAUCCUGAGCGAUCAUGAAGACCACGAUCUUAGUGUAGACCCAGUCUCAAGUCCGGUUUCAACCAAACGGCCCACAAGAACGACCCGUCGACACCAACCGUAUCGAACGCCUACAAAAGGGAACGCCAACCAUGCAAGUGGUAGUAUUUUGGUUGACCCAACACCGACACCGACAAAAAGCAUAUACCCAGACAUUGAUGAAGUUCCUUCACCAACUCUUUUCCAUGGACCGGAUUUGCGCAGCAUGCUAGGGAAUGACGACAGCACUUCUGACUUGGAUGGUCUCCCAGAUGUCAAGAGAAUCCGCCACGAGGACUCGCUGGGUUCUGGUUUUGGCUCCGGCUCCGUAUCCCCUCCCAGCCCAUCGCCCGAAACACCAGUCAACGAACUUGCCUGCAAUAAUUCAAUCAAUGUGGUCAUCGACGUCGACGAACUUGAUUUCGGGUUCGAUGAGGAGGACGGAGAGGCUGGACUGGCGAGGACGAAGGCAGUUAUGGAUGGAUGGCGGAACAAGUGGGCGUUGCCUUCCAAGCAGCCUGUUGGUCCGACGGGCGGACAGAACCCGAUGAAGGCCAAGCCGGGUUCAUCCACAAACACUCCGACGAGUUCCCGACCACCAUCCAGGCCUGCAAGUGUGCGAUCCUCUCCGAAGAAGAAACUGUUCACACCUGGGUCUGGCGCAGCACGAGCCUUGGCUCUUCGGCGCAACGAGACGAAUGUCACCCCUGCCGGCCGACAUAACCUGGCACAGACUGAAUUCUACAAACCACCGAAGAGCGCACCGUCGAAGAUUGGCGCAAACGGAUCGGGAACUGGCACACCGUCAUUGGGGGUGAAACCGAAGCGCAGUACACUGGUGUUCGAGACAAUGACAGCGCAAAAGACGAAAGAGGUUGUUGACCUCACCGCCUCUGACGACGAGCGGCAGGGUGUAGGUGGAUCCAGACGUCCAGCCUCGGCUGCGCCGGUGUUGAGGUACGACGAUGAGAUCCUUGCGAGGGGUCGGAUGAGGUUGGCUCAGUUUCGGUGCUCUUGA